GCAGUGACAAUUUCAAUUUGUGCCAAAAUCAUUCAGUCAAAAACUAAAUUUCCUGUAAGCAAGUAGUCCCCUCAAAAAUAUGCCACCAAAAAAGGCCAAAAAGGGCAGGGGACGGAAAAAAGGCAAAAAAGGUGGUGGAAAAACUAAAGCUCCCAUCAACUGGUCAGACGAUGCUCAUUUCGAUGAAAACCGGGCCAUGAUCUACAUCAUACACACAACGGAAUGCCCAAUAUUCCUGGAAAAGGCUCUGGAAUUCCAAUCAUUCCUCAUGGCUCAGUAUCCGAAAAAAAUCUUUCAACUAAUCCUCAACGACGAUGGCAAAACAAAACCUGAAGAUGGAGCAUUUGAAAUUAGUUUUUCACAGAAUGCAAGAACGGAACGAGUUGAAUUGUGGUCGGGGAAAGAUAAAGGACCUCCCAGGCGAGAAAAGUUUCCUAAAUCCUACGAUCUAUUGCUGCCCGAAGUCGACAAGAUUUUGAAGAAGAUUUAUGUUGAGCAGAAGUCUGAGAGGGAGUCGAAUGUACCUUUUAUAGAUACAGAUGACGAAAGUGAGACCAGACAGGAGGCAGGAGCUGGGCAUGUAAUUCAAGAUGUUACGGAGGGUGAGACUGCUACUUAGGCUGAAAUAUGGGUGGUUUUUAUUUUUAAGGUUCAAAGAUAUUGGAAAAUUAUGAAACUUUAGAUUGAAUAAAUUUGACUCCCAAAAUA